AUGGAUCAACUUUCAAACAUGAAUGUUAUCAUCAUCUCGUCUCAACAAAUCAACCCUUCCUUUAUCCUCCCGAAUUCAACAAAUUUACAAAAUCAUCAAACUCAAAUCUCUUCACUUCCAAACGCAUCCUUACUUCUAAAUUCCUUUGUACUUUCUUCAACAUUACUGUUAACAACUUAUGUUUUCUUUGUAAAGAAUAACUUUCUCAAGAAUAAACAACAAAGGGCAUGGAUUCUAACGUAUACUACGUCAAUAAUCAUGUCAAUAGGAUCAAUUCCAUUCGUAUUUCAAUUGAUUUUUAGUGCUAAUUGGAAUGUCAACGAUCUUCCCAAAGAAUCAAAUUUAUCUAUAGUCUUGGUUGGAUUCUUUAUGACCUAUUGUAUAUUAGAUUUAUUGAUUGGAAGAGCCUUUUAUAAACAUGAAAUUAGUAAUGUUACGAGUAUGAAAGGUUAUUUACAUCAUUUGAUUCAUCUUGCAAUAUCAGUUUUUGUCAUUUAUAAACAAAGAACUGAAAUAUUUUGUUUAAUGUCAAUUUUUGAGGUUUCAACUCUUGUCCUGGCGACAGAGAAAUUCAACAACAAAUCACUUAAACAAGAAAUUUUAUAUUUGACAUCCUUCAUUUCAACGAGAUUAUUAUUUCACGCAAUGAUGAUUCAUCUAUAUUAUAAUUAUCAUCAAUCAAAAUCGACUUGGUUAAUAUUAGCUUUACUUUAUCCUCUUCAAUGUUAUUGGUUUUAUGGUUAUAUUAAACAACAGAUUAAUAUGAGGAAUCAACGCAAAAAGCGUUCUCAACUUAAUAAUAUUCUUUAUAACAAUCAAGAAUUAGAAAUUGUUUUAAAUUCUCUUAUGAUGUGA